AGCGAUGAAUUUUAAAGGCCAAAUUCACCUGUAUAGCCAAAACUGACGUUUUUGCCAAAUAUAGCCACUUUUGGAGAAAUACCAGAAAUAGCCACUUCCGUCCAAUUGUUUGACGGUGUUAGUUAACGUGCUGACUGGACAAACGGACCAUCCGACGUGGCUUUUUUUGUCAAACAAGUGAAUUCCACGUGGAAUAAAAAAAAAGACGAAACAGUAAAUGUGUUGUUACGCCUCAACCACUUUCUAUCUUUUUCAUUUUCCCUUCCCUUUCCCCAAGUCGAUAUCCAGAGAAAACCCCUCUUCUCCAACGACAAACUACGACGCUCCGCCACUCCAGAUCGGCGUUGGUAGUCGUCGACGACGAAAGCCUUUCCGAUCCACGAACCCACCACGAGAAGCAAAACCCCUUUCCUCCUUUCCGAUUCACGAACCCUAAAUCCUUUCCGAGCCUCCCUCCAUCGAAUCGGCCAUGCAUCGCGGGGUUUCAUAGAUCCUCUCCACGUUCCGGCGACGCGAUUCACUGUUGGUGAGGGGAAAUCGACCAUCGAGUACCAGUUCAACCCAUUUGAAUCCCAAUCCAGUUCAAAUCGCCUGUGCUCGCUCCCUCAGGUCGAUCAAUCGACGACCAUCAGCUUCCUCCCGUCACUGCAAAUAGCAGAGCAACCACCCAGCUUCCCCAUCCAGGAGAUUUAGUCGAUCCGUGAGAAUCGACAUCAUCACCGCUCACCGACGAGUAAGACCCAACAAAUAGUAGAGGUGACUCGUCGCAGGUAGGAACUUCCUUCAGCGAUUCCAGAUUUUGAAUUUCGGUAGUGACCUUGUGGGUCUGGCAGUGGCAGUGCAUUUGGGAGUGGGUUUCGCGGAGGAAGCGGAAGCCGCCGUGGGAGGAAGGCAAACCCACCUUGGGAGGAGCUGUGCUGAAACUGUUAUGUUUCCUAGGGAUUGGCUGGAGGGGAAUCGAGAUGUAGCAGGCGGAGCUCUCGAAGGCGGCGGCUCUCAAGGAUCUCCUCCACCCGUCACUAGUUGACUGGUCGUCGCUUCAAUCGAAGCUGCCGCUAGGAGUGAGAUUCUGAGAACUGGGGGAAAACGGUUGUUGCCGGACGGGUUUGAGAGUAACUAGAUUGGAGGGAUGGAUUUUGUAGGCGACGGCGAGUGCAGUGCGGCGGAGCUGGGUUCGUCGAUGAGUGUGGUGGGGCUGCUUCAAUCGACGGAGCUUGGUUCGUCGAGGAGAGCGGCUGGGAAACCCUAAAUCGGAUGGAAUUGGGGAAAGGAAAGAAUAAAAUUUCCAAUUCUAUUCACCUAAUUUAUGAUAAUUUUUUUUACCCAUUAAAAAUGACGUGGCAUUCCACCUGUCAAUGGAUGCUGAGGUGGGAAGGAAAGACACGGUGAGGUGGCAGCCACAUCAUCUGUCCGUUAAAUAGACUAACGGUGUCAUUGACGCCGUCAAACUAUGUAACGAAAAUGGCUAUAUUUGUCAUUGAACUUUCAAAAUUCUUGCUAUUUCUGGUAUUUCUCCAAAAGUGACUAUAUUUGUCACAAACGUGAAAGUUUUGGCUGAAUUUGGCCAAUUUAAAAACUUGGGAGUAAAAUAAUAACUCUCGCAGAAAGUAGAGAGAGACCCACCGGCGACGCGGCCGUUGACGAAAAUGGACGACGACGACUUACGGACUUAAUGAUGAUGAUAUCAUCACCACCAUCUCUUCUCGAAGUUUGGCUCGCACUCUCUCGAACUCCAUUCGACUCACAGCGUUGACGACUACAUCGGAUUCCGAUGGCCUCCAUAAGCGCAAGCGGCACUUCGUCGUCGUCUCUUCCGUCGCCGUACUCCCCUCCCCCGCCGCGGUGGACGCACGACGUCUUCCUCAGCUUCCGAGGCCGGGACACUCGAUACAGCUUCACCGGGCAUCUCCACGCAGCUCUGGUCCAGAAAGGGAUCAGAGCUUACAAGGACGACAGAGAUCUCGAUCGAGGAGAAGCCAUCGAGCCCGAACUGUUUAAGGCGAUUACGGAGUCAAGGUUUUCGGUCGUCGUGUUCUCGAAGAAUUACGCCUCUUCGCCUUGGUGUUUGGAUGAGCUGGUCAAGAUCGUUCAGUACAAGGCAGCGACGGAGCACACUGUUCUGCCCGUCUUCUACGAUGUCGAUCCAUCGGAAGUUGCGGAGAUGGAGGGAGUUUACGCGGCAGCGUUUGCCCAGCACGAAGUCCUGAACCCGGGGAAGGUGGAGAGCUGGAGGAAGUCGGUAGCUGAAGUUGCGCAAUUAGCCGGAUGGGAUGCUCGAAAUAGGGACGAGUCAGAAGUAAUCAAGGAAAUUGUUGAAAGACUUUGGUUCAAGUUGAAUCAUGCGAUCCCAAUCAUGAGCAAUGCCUUGGUCGGUAUGGAUGCCCGGGUAGACAAAAUUGUUAAUGAUUUGUUGGACGAAGAGUCGGUUGAAGUUCGCUUUCUUGGGAUAUGUGGAAUGGGUGGACUGGGGAAGACAACUAUUGCCAGAGUUGUUUAUGAUAAGAUCCGUUGGCAGUUCGAAGGCUGUUGUUUCCUUGCGAAUGUCAGAGAAUCUUUCGAGAAACAAGGACCACUUCCUCUGCAGCAGCGGCUUCUUUCUGAAAUCCUAAUGCGACGGGGAGGAGAACUGUGGGAUGCUGAUAAAGCAAUAAGUGAGAUAAAGUAUAAUUUGCAGCGGAAGAAGGUGCUUCUUGUUCUUGAUGAUGUUGAUCAUCUUGAACAGCUUGAAAUGUUGGCUGGAGAUCAUGAAUGGUUUGGUCCAGGGAGUCGUGUGAUCAUAACAAGUCGAGAUGGACACUUGUUGACAGCACAUGGAGUUGAUGAAACAUAUGAAGCAAAGACAUUGAAUGGCGAUGAAGCUCUUAUGCUAUUUAGUUGGCAUGCCUUCAAACAAGACUGCCCAUUUACAGGUUAUUCUGAGUUGUCAAAUCGAGCUGUGGGUUACGCCAAGGGACUUCCCCUGGCUCUUAAAGUUUUGGGUUCUUUUCUGUAUGGGAGGAAUGUAAGUGCAUGGAACAGUGCAAUUGAGAGGCUGAACAAGAUUCCAAACAGAAAAAUUGUGGAUGUACUUGAAAUAAGUUUUGACGCUCUAGAGGAAACAGAGAAGAAAAUAUUCUUGGAUAUUGCUUGUUUCUUCAAGGGUAUAGAUAAACAUGAAACAAUAAACAUACUUGAUAGCUGUAGCUUUCAUGCAGAGAUUGGAAUACAAGUUCUGAUUGAUAAAUCCUUGAUUAGUGUUUCACAAAAUCGUUUGGCAAUGCACGAUUUGCUGCAACUUAUGGGAAGGGAAAUUGUUAGACGUGAGUCGCCUGAAGAGCCUGGAAAGCGCAGUAGAAUAUGGACGUAUGAGGAUGCAUCUCAUGUUCUGACAAAAAACUCGGGAGGUGAAGAAGUAGAAGCAAUCUUCCUAGACCUUCCUCAACCAAAGGAUGCAAACUGGAAUGUGGAAGCCUUCGCUAGAAUGACGAAACUUAGACUACUCAAAAUCCGUAAUGUGAAGCUUAGCAAAGGACCUGCAUUUCUUUCUAAUGAGUUGCGUUACCUUGAUUGGCAUGGUUACCCCGCAAAAUAUUUGCCUUCAAGUUUCCAUCCAGAAAAACUUGUUCGACUUAUUUUGCAUCACAGCAAGAUAGAACAACUCUGGUUCGGCAUCUGGGCAUUUAAAGAUUUGAAAGUUCUAGAGCUUAGGGGCUCCAGGAACUUCACUAGGAUGCCGGACUUCACUGAGAUUCCAAAUCUGGAGAGGUUAGUGCUGACAGACUGUACAAGGUUGUCUGAGAUUCACUCCUCCAUUGGGCAUCUCAGGAAGCUUACUUCUCUCAGUUUGUUAGGUUGCUUAAAGGUUAGGAAAUUGCCAGAAAUUGUGGUACCUAUGGAAUGUUUGGUGGAACUUAUAUUGGACGAGACUAGCAUUGAGAAACUGCCGAUCUCAAUUCACAAUUUAGGCAGCCUAGCGGUAUUGAGCCUCAGAUUUUGUAAGAACCUCAGAAGUCUUCCAAGCAGCAUAACCACUUUAAAAUCCCUUAAAAAACUAGAUCUCUCAGGCUGCUUAAAACUGAAAAGGUUUCCAGAUAUAGAGUCUGGUUUUAUAUCUUUAGAAGAACUCUUCUUAGAUCAGACUGGAAUUGAAGAACUCCCUUCCACAAUUCAACAUUUGUCAGGCUUAGUUCUCUUGAGCCUCAGAUUUUGUAAGAGCUUCAGUGGCCUCCCUAGCAGUAUAAGUCGUUUGAACUCCCUUAGAAGGCUUGAUCUAUACAACUGCUCAAAGUUAGACACGUUUCCUGAUAUUUUGGAGAUAAUGGAAGGCUUACGGGAGCUUUGUUUGGAUUGGACUAACAUCGAGAUUCUGCCACCAUCCUUUAACAAGUUGAUUGGCUUGGAGUUGUUGAGCAUUAAAGGUUGUGGAAACCUUAAAGAUAUUAGUAGCAGCAUCAGCGGUUUGAAGUCCCUGAAGACUCUUGAUAUCAGAUGGUGCUUUGGACCGAAUUUCAGAGUGAAACAGCCAAAAUCUAAGAUAUCAAAGAUGUUGAUCCAGAGCACGCCAAAUUCUAUGCGGCAAUGGAUGCAGAAAUUCAGAUCAGCUCCAAGAGCCAUGGCUACCCCCUUGCAAAUAGUGUCGCUGCCUUCAUUCUCAUCUCUCUGUUCAUUGAGAAAUCUGAUUUUAAGCUACUGCAACAUUUUGGAGGGAGUAGUUCCAGAUGAUCUCAGCUGCUUGUCCUCUUUAAGGUACCUGGACCUCAGCGGCAAUCUAUUCUCAAGCCUGCCAAUAAGCAUAAACCAACUUCUGAUGCUUGAAGAGCUCAACUUGGAUGAUUGCUGGAAGCUUCAGUCACUGCCUGAAGUUCCUCCAAAUGUUUCUCUGGUGAGAGCGAGCCUUUGUGAUUCCCUGACAGUAAUUGCAGAUCCAAUAAAUUUAUGCAGCUGGAAAGCUGCAAAGAUCAUAUGCUUCAAUUGCUUCCAAUUAGUUAUUGGCAAUGGUUCCAACAACAUGGCUUUUACAAUGAUCAUAAGAUAUAUUCAGGGGUUGACAAUACCAAGGCCCAGAUUCGACAUUGUAUUUCCUGGAGUCGGAAUUCCCAAGUGGUUCAACCAUUACAGUGAGGGACACUCCGUAAUCCUGGAAGUGCCUCCCAACUUGCACUUGAAUACCAAAUGGAUGGGCUUUGCUGCUUGUGUUGUUUUCAGCGCACUUCCUCAACCUUUGGACGAUCAGCAUUUUCUCCUGACCUGUCACUUCAUCGUCAAUGGAAAGCUAGGUUCCUCUUGGCCUUCCAUUUCUUUCCAAAGGAAAUCUGGUUACGGGGAUCACGUCUGGUCGUUCUUUUUCUCCGUUGGCUGCUUGUCGGAGUGGCCGCCUGAUGGAUUCGAUAGCAUUGAGUUGUCCUUUGAGAUGCACUCUCCUGAGAUCAAUGUGAAGGAGUGUGGUGCCCGUCUGAUAUAUCGGCGAGACGCUGAACUCCUGUACACUAUAAAGGCUAGUGAUUUGAGCAUCUGGGAUCAUUCUCCAGUGGAGCCAGCUGCUACAGUUGAUUCCUCGGAUUUGCUUGCCAUUUGAAAGUUUUCAUUUCAAGGAAACCCCAGGUUUGGCUUCUAUUCUUCAAAGAAAGUUGACUUAUAAGGUCUGUUACUAAGUACUACUCUUGAAUUUGGUUUAGAUUAUAGAGGAAUACGUGUUCUACAGGACCUUUUGCCAAGUUAAACGAUUUCUUGCCUCUUGGCAUCUUUUUUUUUUUUUUUUUUUGACAAUCUUGCCUCUUGGCAUCUUGUGUAAAUAUGGACACAACGUAAUCACUUAAAUCUACAGAA